GCUGAAGACGACGACAGAUUUGGGGAUGGAUUUGGGCUCGUGCUACCUCGGCGGGAACGCCGAUGCGGUGGAGUUCUGCCCGCACCGCCCGUUCCGCCACGUGCUCGCCGCCGCCACCUACACGCUGCAGGAGCAGGAGCAGGACCGCGCAGGCACCAUCUCCCUCUUCUCCGUCGACGCCGGCGCGGAGGACGAGUCCCAGCGGCUCCGGCUGCUGCAUACUGUAGAUACCGCCGGCGUCGAUAUGAAGUGGAGCCCCGUGUCUCCGCUGCUCGCGCAGGCCGACACAGGCAUUGCCUUCACGGAUGUGUGUGCUGAAGAUAUUUCUUCUUCAAUGUGCUUAUAUGUGGACUGGAACCAAACUGCUGAGUCUCUGUCUGUUGGAUUAUCAGAUGGCUCACUGUCUGUGGUGUCUGUGAGAGAGGACCGAUUAGAGAUAUCAGAACAGUGGGCGGCACAUCAAUUCGAAGUCUGGACAUGUUAUUUUGAUCGUACAAGGCCACACUUACUGUACAGUGGAUCGGACGACUGCUGUUUCAGUUCCUGGGACUUGAGAGAAAGCCCAUCGAACAUUGUUUUCCAAAAUAAAAAGUCUCAUAAUAUGGGUGUCUGUUGUUUUGCUCAGAAUCCAUUUGACGGGAACAUGCUACUUACUGGAAGUUAUGAUGAAUUUCUCAGAGUUUGGGACAUGAGAUUGAUGGCAAAACCUGUUAACGAGAAAUCGAUAAAUCUAGGAGGUGGUGUCUGGAGGAUGAAGUAUCAUCCUAGUAUUGCAGAUGUUGUAUUGGCUGCAUGCAUGCACAAUGGGUUUGCCAUUGUUAAAGUAGGUUCUGGAGAUGCUACGGUAAUGGAAACAUAUUGCAAGCAUGAGUCCUUAGCAUACGGUGCGGAUUGGCAGAAAAAUGAAGAAGCAGAACAGAAUGGAAAUUCUUCAGUUGUUGCUACUUGUUCAUUUUAUGACCGCCUUAUCCGUGUGUGGCAACCAGAGAACCUAUCUGAGCUUUAAGUAAAAGCUUCAUUGUGCUCAAUUCAACUACACCAUGAAGCUAUUUCCUGAAUGAACCAAUAACAUUUCAUUCAGGUAGCUCUUUGAACUUAUGCUUGCUUAUUGUAGUCAUGAGCUUACAUUAUGUGUUUUUUCAACUAGGCUCAUUGAUAUUAGCAUCGAUUGCCAGCUUCCUCACUGCAAAACCUUGAAGUCUUGAUGCUAAUCGAUGGUAAACUAUCUUCAAUUUUGGUUUGUGUUGGUCUAGAUAUCGGAGAAAGGUACUUGACUGGACUCUGGUCCAACGGGCUCAGUUACAUCUGUGUUUUUUAUCCUGCUUACGACUAAGAAGUGAAAUGCUCAUUGCAUUACAACAAGUGUAUUCAUGCUCAAGAGAACAGAAAUGGCAGUCUCUAAAUGCUUGUCAGUACAAACAGACACAGUUUUUAUGGUUGGCAACCAAUGUAACAUCAUGAAUGCUCUCUCUGUAUGGUACAAGUUUUUCAAACUUGUGAUGUGGAUCACCUUAGUAGCUUAGUUUUUUCUUUUCUUGUUAUCUGUAGACACGGCCAUUCCUUGCAGCUCUGAAUCUACUUAUCAUUUCCGAAAAUAGCAUUUGAAAUGAAAGAAAAUUAGCAACGGCUGUGGUUUGAAAAAAAAUGAAUUAUCUUGAACAUUCUGUACCAGCAAAAACGAACCAGUUUACCAGUUUGUGCACAAACAUGAAACAUCACCUACAAAAUAGGAGAUUGCACCACAUCAGAUGUAGAUUUCUAAUAUUACAAAUUUAGAACUAAAUUUAAGCUAUGAAUCUAUUCACUUCUGUCAUUCAGUGUAUUGAAUAGAUAGCAAGCCUAAAAACAACUUGCGCUAGCUGCAUAAGUUUUGCUGGUAUGAUUAGCUCUCUUAGCUGGAAGUGCAGUGGAUAUGUUUAACUGACCUUCAGUCAAGCUUUAUAAUGUUUUCCUUGAUUUUUCAACUUUCUUUUUUCUUCAACUGCAUUUGACUGAGACUGGCAACUUGAGUUAAAUAUGGACUUUGGUGUCUAGUGCCUACAUUGGAUGGUUUUGAAAUCAACAAUGUUCAUAUUCAGUUACUAGUGGUAAGGUAACCAGUCGCUAGUGGCAGGGACUUGGAACGUUGGUCCUUUUCACUCAUUGAGUGCAUUUCUGAGAGGUUACUCACUAUCUUCAAACCUCAGCCAUCUAUUAAAAGGAGCCAUAGUUCAGAAAUCCUGUUAGUGGUCCACUUGUGCUCAGCAAUUAAAUUCCACUUUGGUGGCACGCCACAAUAGGUGGUAGUGAUUUCCUCUCAGUCCUAGUGGAAACAGUCAUCCACUAACUACAUGUAGACGGUCUUUUAAAUUUAUUUCUGUAUAUUUAAGGAUGUUUAAUUGAGACUCAAGAGUGUUACUUACAUGAAACCGAGAUGUUGUCAACUUUAAUAGCUUCGUAUCAGGAGCUGAUUUAAGUAGAUGGAGGGCCAUUCUACUUUACACUUCAAAAUUAGGAAGUGCAAUGCUUUGGAUAAGCAUGAGCUAGUGGCUGACCAGGAAGGCCACAUUGCUCUAGCUCUACGUUGUUAAAAGUAGUAGCUCUAAAGGCGGAAAGUGCUCUUUUAACUUUUGUAAAGGCAACAUUUCCCCCCUAUUGUUUGUCAGUAGAUUUAGUUCUAUAUCACUUGUUGAAUAUCAUUUGUUGAUAAGUUUUUACUUCAUGACACUUAAGUACCAGGUUAGUGAGGGACUUACAUGUACAUAACUGAAAACUUGUUACUACCUGCUGUUUGGGAAAACUGAAAGUACAAAAACCAAUGAAACAAUGAAUAAAAAUCAAAUGGCAGAGAUGAUAAGGUACAUUUUAUACGUUGUAAAAGAGGUAUUCAAUAGUUGUACUAAUAUGCCCUCAGAACUGGAGGUGGAUUGCACUACAUCGUUAUUGUUUGCAGACGUCCAGCUUAUUAUAUGUUAGGUUAUGCAUUGUUCUCUUGAGUAAAAUACUUCUGGAUAACAUUAGGUUUGCAAGUGGAAUGGGAAUUUAUCUGGAGAAGGAAUGUAGUUAGAAUUGACAUGUGCUGAGGCAAGAACAGCACUGGUGUGAGUUCCAGCAAACGAGCACUCAAAACAGUAAACUUUGGUUUAACUUUUAUUGUCCUUUCUCCACUAAAACAUGCUGCGCUGGCCAAUAUAAAAUGUCACCAUGCAGAUUCUCAGUUCUUGCAAUAUAUUUAGCUGGACAAUCACCUGCAGACAUCAUCAACCUCACCAGGGUAUAUAAAGUAGCCCUCUCCCCUUCCCCUUGUUCACAUCCCCCAUAGACCAUGGAUGAUGCAUGGCUUGAGCAUCUACAUGGUUCUUGAGAGUAAAGCAGAAUGAGGAUGGAGGGUGAAAGUUGAGCUCCUCCUCAAGAUGCAUUCAGUUUUGUGGUGCCUUUCCUGAUCUCCCUGGUGGUCAGCUAAGGUACGCAUAAACCGGCAAGUCACAAGACGGCAAUGGCGAACUCCAUCUGGAUUAUGGAGUCCUCCUGUUUUUCUUUUAUUAUCUCUAAUUGUGUCCGGCGGAAGCCAAAUAAUCUUAAGUAUUCGUGUAUGUGAUGGAUCCGUAUAUACAUUACGGAGCCAAUGUUUGUCUCAUGUGUACUCCAGAAACAUGUUACUAUGAAUGAAUGAUAUGGCAAUACUUUGUUGCUCA